AUAAUUCUCGACCAAUGAACGUCCCGUUUACAAAACUAUUUCGACUACAAUGUAAACAUGGCGGACACCGUUAAAAACAAAAUGACCGAUAUGCGACAUAAAGUACGCGAGAAUUAACACAGAAAGUAACAAAGAAUUUCAUGUUAUAAAAUGGUCUGAGACGGGGCCCAGUUCAGAAUGCAGGCCAUACGUGAGCGUGUGUCCCAGGUCUACUAUACACAUGGCCUGUUCUGUGCUAGUCACCCCAUCUCCAUACUGGUCACUGUGUGCGGAAUUAUACUGUUCAUGUGCUAUCCACUGCUGUAUGUCCCUCUGCCAGGCAACAUUCCUGUGGAGUAUAACUCGCCAGUGAAGGGCUUUCAUCCCCCUCCGGAGUCCAUCCAACGCAGGGACAAAUCAUUUGCAGACAAAGACGUCACCAGCAUUCCUAGAUGGUACCGAGGGCCGGCAGUGGCCUACAUACAGCAGAUUGUUGUCAAGGCAACAGUAUCUCCAUGGGAGCCCACGGAACACGACCCCCUGGACGCGCUGAUCGCCCCGCUGGGUCGACUGUUCCACUUGCUGGACGAGGUGGAGAGAUUCAGACAACAGCACUGGGAUGACGCUGCUGCUGAUAGGUCCCUGGUGGACUGUUGCCUGCGUGUAUCGGAGCCGGUGUGGGGGAGGCACACUGAGAAACUGCUGCCUGAGUAUGGUUGUCUGCUGCUCUCACCUGCAAAUCUCUGGCUCAAGAACAGGGACAGAUUCAUAGCAGACAAAGAAGUCCUGAAGACAAUUUACAAGCGAUACAACCAGGCAUUAGAUGCACCCCCUGGCUUGAGAGACAUUUUGUUUGGGUUGCCGUGGAAGCAGACAGGUGUAUCAAGAUACUUUAUCCGUAACCGACAGAGGACCAUCAGUUACGCUAUCACCCUGGUCCUGAAGUCCUAUGAGGAGAGGUUUGUGAGUGGGCUCCUCAGACAUCUUGAGUCCUUGUAUCCAGAGACUGCCGGCAAUGCUAACAACUCUGAGGUGGACCAUAUUGUACACCUACAUUACAAGAAUGUCAACAUCUACUUUGAGUACACCCAUCUCAUUGUGCUUUACCUUGUGGUGCUGCUGUAUAUCUACUUCUCUGUCAAGAAGAUAGAGAUGGUGAAAUCGAAGUGGGGCCUUGCGUUGAGUGCCGUGGUCACUGUGGUUUCCUCUCUCUUCAUGUCUGUCAGUAUCUGCUCUAUCAUGGGUCUUAACACUCAACUCAAUGGAGGGGAGGUGUUCCCUUACCUGGUGGUUCUCAUUGGGAUGGAGAAUGUCCUUGUGAUGACCAAGUCAGUUGUCUCGACCUCCAUAGAACUUGACGUCGCUGACAGAGUGGCCACAGGCCUGAGUAAAGAGGGCUGGUCCAUAACCAAGAACCUGCUCAUUGAGUUGGCUAUAAUAGCUGUGGGCUUUUUCACCUUCGUUCCUGCCAUACAGGAGUUUUGCCUGUUUGCCUUGGUGGGUCUGCUCACUGACUUCUUCCUACAGAUGGUCUUCUUUGUCACUGUCCUCUCUGUGGACAUACGUAGGAUGGAGCUCUCAGAUCUACACAAACAUAAGAAGGAUGACAACACUAGUGUUGCUGAGCGGGUCAAGUUUGAACCCCUGUUUCACUGCCCCUUUAAGCCCCAUCGUCCAGCCAAUAAAACAAGGUUCCAGCACCAUUUCAACCUGUCUUCAGGGGUCAGCAUGCUGGCCACUAAGGGGCCAACAGCAGCCCCAAGGGUUCAACACGAGUCAAGGUUGUUUCAGACAGAGGCCAUUUUCAAUUUGCCACGUCGACUGAGGGUUGUUUAUUUCUGGGCCAGCACUAGAGUUGUGCAAAGAUUUAUUAUGGUGUGUACCGUGAUGUGGAUCCUGCUGAUCCUGUACAAGUCAGGCCUGGUCCACCACCUGACCAACACCAGUCUCCCCGGCAACGGCACGGAGGUCCCGCCCUCACCUGACGCUCUCGAGCAGAUUAUCAAACAACAGGAGCAGACAAACACAGGUGAGCAGACACGCCUGGAUGUGUUGUCUCCCCUCACGUUCUGGCGAGGGGAGGUUGAAGACUCGGGCUCAGUGAAGCACACGAACCUUGAGACGUGGAGGGCCCUGUCUCACACACACUGGACCACCAUGUUCUCAUACUACAACAUCAGCAUCAUCGGCAAGUACAUCAGUAUUCUUCCCUCGCUGCACCUGUCUGCAGUGAUCAGUCCAGAGGAGGCCAUACAACUGAGAGUGCCCGGCUACCAGUCUACUUGGAGCCACAAGAAACCCAAAGAGCAGUCAAUUAAUCCAAAGAUACCAGAAAUUCAACAACAAGAAAUUUAUAUGAAUGGUCAUGAUGUCAGUAAGAAUAAAAAUUCUAAAAAUGAUCAAAAUGAAGGCAGUGUUACUACAGAAACUGUUGAUAAAAAUGAGCAGAGAAUUUCUGCAAAAGAAUCAAAAGAGCCUGAGUUUAUGUCUGAAGAGUUUUUCAGGAGGUAUUACCCUUACAUGGAUCCGGAACAAUUAAAACAUUUAUACUACCCAAAAUCCAGGCUGGAAUUCAUUGUGACUGUCUCCCUUGGAUUUCUCAGUGUGAUAUGCAUGACAUAUUUCAUCAUGGUUCUGUACCGAUGCAUGUGCAGCAGGAAGUACUCUAAGUGGCGGGCAUCGUGGAACAAGGUACCAAAGAACACCAAGGGCAAUUCAUAUUUCAAGCAGAUGAAGCAAGCUGUGCCGAUAAUAUUGAAAGGACAUUUACAGGAGAUAGAGUGUCUGACCUGUGACGGCAGUGUAAUCAUCAGCUCAUGUCUUGGGGGUCAACUCAAGGUGUGGGACUCCAUCACUGGAGAGUGUCUCCAUACAAUGCAGAGGAAGUCUGCCACACCUCCAAUGAGACGAAAGCCGUGUGAAGGUAGAAACGUGGAGGACAGUGAUGCUGAACUGUAUGCAGAAUAUCACGGUAACCAUGGUAACCCAAAGGUCAGCAGCAGGGACCUUGACCUCAGUGCUCUCCAGGAUGAUGUAGCAGAAAGACCACAAAUGAGGCACAGGAGGAAACAUGAACCCAAAGAGAGAACUCCACAUGCUGAAUUAAAUAGAGAAAAGUUUGAACAUUUUCCAGAUUUAAGGAGCACCAUAGAUACGAAUUUUUCUGCUAUGUUUUCUAUGCCACGACAACAAAUUGAUAGGAAAGGUGAAGGUGAAAAAGACGAGAGUUCUUCAAGUUUUUCUCAGAGUGAUAUUUCUGAACAUUUUAGUAAUAUCAGUGAUAAAAGUGUUAACUCUUCGGGUUUUAAUUUUGAAGACAGUUUUAAGGAGACCUACGAAGAACAUAAAAAGUAUUACAUGGAGUCACAGCAAGAUGAGGAUGCAAGAAUAUUUGAAAGAAGAGCAAAUCGCUCAAAAAGCUGGAGUGAAGGUGAUCCCAUGGGUGACUCUUCGAUCACUGAGCUUCCCCCAGCUCCCAUCUGGUCUCUCACAUGCAGAGGAAACCUGGUCGUGGUGGGCUGUGGCAAUGGAAAAAUAGAGUUUUGGGAUCCCACCAAUGGGAGUCUGAAGUGUGUGUACAGCAACAAGAGUCAGGGGGUGACAGGAGUGAACCUGGUGGGUCACCGGGUCAUUGCCGCGCGCCUCGACGGGACAGUUGACUUCCUAGAACUGGAGACAUUCCAGACUACAAAAUCCUCUACACCUCUGUCACCCAGUAGCCUGAACAGGAAAAUCAAAGGCCACUCCCGUCACAUGAGUCACGGUCGAUGUGGGAGUGAUGACCUGCGACUGUGGGACGAGGGGAUACACUGCACGCUGGUACAGACCACGCAGGCCCACCAGAGACCCAUCACAGUGCUUGUUACAGAGGGGGGCCGCAUAGUGUCUGGCAGUCAGGACUUCACGCUCAAGGUGUUUCGUCUGGAGGAUUACAAGUGUCUGUACACCCUUCAUGGUCAUGCUGGGGCCAUCUCCUGUCUGUACCUAGACAAGUGCACUCCGUAUGCGGCAGUGAGUGGCGCAGCUGACGGCACCAUCCGACUGUGGGACCUGUUGACAGGUCACUGCGUGCACAAGGUCAAAGGUCACGAGGCAACAGUGAUGGGGCUGACUUGCACAGACACGUACAUCAUAAGCUCAGGCCUGGACGACAAGCUGUGCGUGUGGGAGAGGAAGCGGGGACACCUGCUGUACUCCGUCGAGAUGGAGACCUCAUGUGGCACCUCCAUGGCCAUAUUGUGUAACAACUUUGUGGUCACUGGUGGGCAGGGCUGCCUGUACCUAUGGGACCUGCACAAGGGUGAGUUGGUGCGCACUGUUAGCCUGCGCCAGGGCAGCAGCGCCCCCUUCCUGCACCAUGUACACUCCCUGGAGAGCUCCACCAUCGUGUGUGACUAUGGCAACGAGGUCAAGGUCAUACAUUUCCCCAUGGUGCUUGAGAAGAAGGAAUGAGUUGUAGAAGAAACCUAUCAUGGUGUGAAACUGGUUUAUCAUAGUUACGUUUCUAUAUCAGAUGAAAUUAACCUCACAUUGGGAAAAAGGAAUUAACCUCUCUCUGGGAAAAGGGGUCUUAAUGCAUGCACAUAAAGUGUCAUCCUAGAUUAAACUGUGCAGUCGGCAUACGCUAAUCAAGGGUGACACUUUCCUAAACUGGAUUUUCGCUAAAGAGGCACUUCCUUUAAAUGAAAAAUAUAUAAAGAGCGGAAAGUGUUGUACAUGAUUAGCUUGGGCAUACUGCAAAGACAUAUCAGGGACGACACUUUAUGUGCAUGCAUUUAGCCCAGUUUUCUCAGAACAAGUCUCAAAUUGAUUCCAUGGCAACCUUUGAGAUUUGACAAGAACUCAAACAAUUUCCUAUGAUGCUGGAAAAGAUUAAUGAUCCCCUAGUAAAACCAAGAUGGUUGCUGUUUUGGAUGUAAAACUAUAGCAUCAAUUUAAUAUUUCAAUAUUUGAUACAAUAGUGUAUUGCUUAACCUUUGAAAUGGGACACGAUUUAGAAGUGGAAACUUGUCUUAGGAGCACUAAUCACUGAGUUUCUAUGGCUACCCAGGAAACUUGUCUAUCAUCUGAACAUGUUAAUAUCCAAAUAAAAAGACUUCAUGUUUUUCUCUUAGUAUGUUGAGCUAUUCUUGGAUCAUUGAUUUUUAAUUCUGGUUAUAAAAAUAAUGUUAAAAAAUGAUUGCAACAAUCAUAUGUACAAAUAGUAAUAAAGUAAUUAGGGUUGGCCAAGGAGGUAUUGUGUCAGAUACGUAUGUAUAUAGAAGGUACAAUUUGCAGAUGUAUUGUUUAAUAAUGUACACAUGAUUGUAUGACAAAAAUAAGAGACUGAAUGUUGGAUAAAUUAGUUACUUUGACCACUGGCAUACUUUUGGUUUAAUAUACAAAAGUGAUUGCUAAUAAAGAAUGGCUUUAGACAAUCAAACCCAAAACCUUUUUGAAUUUUUAACUGAAAGAAAUGACACAAAAAUGCCAUAAUCAAAAGUCUGCCAUUUUAAAUUACCAGGCCAGAGCUUUUGUUAACCCUUCCCACUCAGAGGCAAAGUGAAAAUGGUUAUGUGCAAACAGCAUAAAACCAGAACAGCCUGGGAGUAACUCGCUGUCUGUUCAGGUUUUAUGCUGUUUACUGCUCAUCAAGGAUUGGAAAUGAACCCUUUAAAAUUUGAAUCUAGUAAAAAAAGGUCUUUGAUUAAAUUAAACUUUCUAAGGGACUACAAACGCGUCAAUAUACGUAUCUAAGUGGGAAAGUGUUAAGGGUACUAAAUGUACUCUUGCUUGCCCAAGGCAGGUUCAAAUGUUGGAGGGCAAAGUACCUGUCAAGCAAGUCAAUUAUCAUAUCAACAUUUCUCUGACAUGUUUUUUUUUUGCAUGUAUCAUUAAUAUGUGAUUUAAUGUAAAUGUUUUAUGUUAAACGAUUUAGUUUGAACAUUUGCAAAAUAGUUGCCCACAAACUGCAGUCAAAGACUUAAGUAAACCAAUGCAGACUUGUUAAGAUUUUCAAUUAGAUAUACAAUUGUAUAUAAAUAUAUUAAAUGUGUGCCUGUGUAUCAGGAUUUUGUUAUAAAAGGAAAUUAUUGUAAUUUAUUUCAUGUUAUCAAUGGCUUCCAUAUCAAAAUGUGUGUGAAAUAAUUUUUUUAUUGUUUUGUAUGAAACUAGCAGAAAAUGUUUUUUCAAGUCUAUUAUUGGUUAAAAUAAAUCAUGAGUAAAUAUUGUACAGAUUUAUAUCACAGUAAAACAGAUUAUUACUUAAAGAUCAUAAAAUGGUGUGUAUACAUUGAUUUUUUUAUAUUAUAACUAUCAUAUAUGUGUUUCUUUUUUAUGUCCCCCACUAUAGUAGUGGGGGACAUAUUGUUUUUGCCUUGUCUGUUGGUCUGUUGGUUGGUUUGCGCCAACUUUAACAUUUGCAAUAACUUUUGCAAUAUUGAAGAUAGGAACUUGAUAUUUGGCAUGCAUAUGUAUCUCAUGGAGCUGCACAUUUUGAGUGGUGAAAGGUCAAGGUCAAGGUCAUCCUUCAAGGUCAAAGGUCAAAUAUAUGGGUCAAAAUCGCUCAUUUAAUGUACACUUUUGCAGUAUUUCAAUUUUCAAGAUAGCAACUUCAUAUUUGGCAUGCAUGUGUAUCUCAUGGAGCUGCACAAUUUGAGUGGUGAAAGGUCAAGGUCAUCCUUCAAGGUCAGAUGUCAAAUAUAUGUGGCCAAAAUCGCUCAUUUUAUGAGUACUUUUGCAAUAUUGAAGAUAGCAACUUGAUAUUUGGCAUGCAUGUGUAUCUCAUGGAGCUGCACAUUUUGAGUGGUAAAAGGUCAAGGUCAUCCUUCAAGGUCAGAGGUCAAAUAUAUGUGACCCAAAUCGCUAAUUUUAUGCAUACUUUUGCAAUAUUGAAGAUAGCAACUUGAUAUUUGGCAUGCAUGUGUAUCUAAUGGAGCUGCAUAUUUUUAGUGGUGAAAGGUCAAGGUCAUCCUUCAAGGUCAAAUAUAUGGGUCAAAAUUGCUCAUGUAAUGUCACUUCUGCAUAAUUGAAGCUAGCAAUUUUAUAUUUUAAAUGCAUGUGUAUCUCAUAGAGCUGCACAUUUUGAGUGGUAAAGGGUCAAGGUCAAGGUCAUCCUACAAGGUCAAACGUUAUAUAGGGGGACAUUGUGUUUCACAAACACAUCUUGUCUGGUAAUUAACAUUGGAAGCUCCUGGCUCCAUUAAAAUAGUUUAAAAUACGUUAACUUGACAUCUGCCCGAUACAAAUGUGCCUUAUAUUUUGUUAUAUCAGGUCAGGAUGCUUAUUUAUCAGUCAAUAUUUGGGGGUUUGACAUAUGGCUCAUGACGAAGUAUGAAGUCAUCAUUUUUUCUAACAAAUGAAUUAGAUUCAACAUAACAAACAAUUUGAUACAAAUACAUAUAGGUAUGAUGAUUUAGACACAAAAAGCAAAAAUGUAUUGUUCAAAUAUUAAGCACAAGAGCUCAUGAUAUCAUGAUUAAAGCAAAAAUAUAUUCAUUCCUGCUAAAAAGGCAGCAUAAUCAUGAUUAUAGUUGAUAGUUUCUUAAAAAUGGGCCCGUAGAGGUAUGAUAAACAGAAAAAUAGGUAACUUCAAUAUUGUUUUGAAUUAUAUCAGGCUCUUCAAAGAUUUAUUAUAACCCUCAAAUAAUAUAUUUGGUAUUACAAAGCAAAUUAUAUAUUUGGUAUUACAAAGCAAAUGGGGAGUAACCUACAAUGAAUUAUGUUACAAGUGGACACUGUUUGUUGUGAGUGCCCUAGAUCAGUUCUUGUGUAAUUUAUAAUUAUUAUUGUCAAGGUUUUAAAACAUGUGCAUUUUUUAUGACAAAUCAUGUUCAAUUUUUUUUUUUUCAUGAGUCACUUUAUAAUAUCUCAGCAAAUCUAUUUUAACUUAUUUAAUAAUUCAAUUGUCCUUUUUAGCUGCAUAAAACAAAACUUUAUUUUUAACUGAAUUUCCUAAAUAAUUUGCUACUUUCCCUGGAGUUUUCAUACUUGUACAUGAUCAUCUGUCAUGCAGUUUAGCUUUGAAUUCUUGAAUUAUGAUCUAUUUAUACCUGUGAUUUUCAUUGAAAGUAGACAUUUUUAUGCCCCCGGAUCGAAAGAUCGGGUAUAUUGUUUUUGGCCUGUCUGUCAUUGUAUGUGUGUGUGUGUGUGUCCCAAAACUUUAACCAAAACUUUAACCUUCUUCAUAACUUAUGCAAUAUUCAAGAUUGCAACUUGAUAUUUGGCAUGCAUGUUUAUCUCAUGGAGCUGCACAUUUUGAGUGGUGAAAUGUCAAGGUCUAGGUCAUUCUUUAAGGUCAAAGGUCAAAAAAACAAAUUCAAAAACUUUAACCAAAACUUUAACCUUCUUCAUAACUUUUGCAAUAUUGAAGAUAGCAACUUGAUUUUUGGCAUGCAUGUGUAUCUCAUGGAGCUGCAAAUUUUGAGUGGUGAUAGGUCAAGGUCAUCCUUCAAGGUCAAAGGUCAAACUUAUGGCUUCAAAGCAGCGCAAUAGGGGGCCGUGUGUUUCUGACAAACACAUCUCUUGUUUAUUAAUGUACAAUGUAUAUAGGUGUGUGAAGCAGUUUUCUGCAAAUUCUUCAAAACCACAGUUUUUGCAGUUGUGUAUUUAUUUUCAAUAAUUUUAUGUGCAAUUGUAGAAUCAAACAGCUUAAACCACAUGCUUCUUGCAAAAUAACAUUUGUCCCAUCAAAGCAAUUCAAUGCAAUUUUAUGACACUGUGCCACCAUAUACUCAUCUUACGGUAUUUCCACACAAGUUGUUCUAUGCUGUCUAUGUGAUGCAGAAUAUUAGUAUGGCCAAACUUUGUUAUCACAAAAUCCCUUUAGUCUUAGGUCAUGAAAUUGUAGUGGACAGGAAUUCAACAGUUAUUUUUGUUAGAAAUUAUGAACUUUAUACUAGCUUACACAAAUCUUCAACCACCAUCUUUGUUUGUCUUACAUUCCUUUUUUUAAAUCUGACAGGUAUUGAAUUAAUCCUUUACCACUUGGAUACAUAUUGAACCUUUUACCACUUAGAUACUUAUUGAACCCUUUACCACUUAUAUACUUAUUGAACCCUUUACCACUUAUAUAUAUAUUGAACCCUUUACCAUUUAGAUACAUAUUUAACCCUUCACCACUUGGAUAUGUAUUGAACCCUUUACCACUUAGAUAUGUAUAAAACCCAAUACCAAUUAGAUACGUUUUGAACCCUUUACCACUUAAAUACAUAUGGAACCCUUUACCACUUCUAUACGUUUUUAACCCUUUACCACUUAGAUACGUAUUUUAUUAACACUGGCUCAUCAUUCAUUUUAUGCAUACUCUCACUUUAUUUGACUUCACAGAUUUUUGAUGAAGGUUAUACAAUUGUAAUGACAUUUAAAAAAUUGUAUUUGAAUUGCAAUUCAAAUGCUAUCUUGGUUAUUCAUAUUUUGGCUUAAUAAUCGAUGAAAUGCUUUACAAAUGCUUUAUCAUGUUUCCAAUUUUGAUUGAUGAUAUUCAAAAAAACAAACCUAUAUUUGUGACAUGUCUUUUUCAUGAGUCUUAUUUUGGGUGCAUAAAUAUAAUACAUACCUUAUUUUUUGAAUCUGUGUGAAUUUUUUUUAAGUUGUCAUUUUGCCAAACUGUUGUACCUUGAUUGUCUCAAACUUCACUUAUUUCAACAUUAUUUAUGAAAUCCUUGUUAUUGUCCACUUAUCAAAAUUUAUUUGCCAUGGUAACAAGUGUUCUUGAUCUCAGCAUUUGUAGAUAUCUAGCACAUGUAUUCCAAAAGGUAGCUUAUUUAUUCUGGUAUAUAUAAUGUUGAUUUAAAUGAACAUUUUGUUGCAGUAUUUAUUGAUUAAUGUUAUGAUUCUUUCCUGUUGUUAUUUUGCCUUGAUGAUUGUUCCCAGAUAAGUUUUGUGUGUGUUAAAAGAUUUUACUGAUGGUUGAUUGAUUGAUUGUGUUCAAAAUGGAUUUUUUUUGCUCACCUGAUUGCUCAGGUGAGCUUUUCUGACCGGCCCGUCCGUCUGUCCAUAAACAUUUGCUAGUAAACACUAUAGAGGCCACAUUUCUUGUCCCAUCUUCAUGAAACUUGGUCAAAAGCUUUGCCCCAAUAAAAUCUCGGCCGAGUUCGAAACUGGAUUGUGCCGGGUCAAAAACUAGGUCACUAGGUAAAAGAAAAGAAAAACCUUGUAAACACUGUAGAAGUCACUUUUUAUGUUCAAUCUUCAUGUAACUUUGUCAAAAUGUUUGUCUUAAUGAUAUCUUGAUUGAGUUCAAAAGAGGUUCCUGUGUGUUGAAAACAUGGCCACCAGUGGGCGGGGCAGUUUUCCUUAUUUGGCUACAGAGAAACCUUGUAAACACUCUAGAAGUCACAAUUUUUGCCCAAUCAUCAUGAAAGUUGGUCAAAACAUUGGUUUUAUUGAUUUCUUGGACGAGUUCGAAAAUGGUCCAGAUUGGUGAAAAAACAUGGCCGCCAGGGGGCGGGGCAGUAUUCUCUAUAUGUAUAUAGUGAAAACAUGGGAACACUCUAGAAGUCACAUUUUUGGCCCAAUUUUCAUGAAAUGUUGUCAGAACAUUUGUUUCCUUGGUAUGAGAGUUAAGUUUGAAAAUGGUUCCGGUCAGUUGAAUAACAUGGCUGCCAGGGGGGGGGGGGGGCAGUUUUCUUAUACACUUAAACACUCUAGAGGUCACAAUUUUGUUUCAGAUCUUAUGAAUCUUGGUCAUAAUAUUUAUUUUUGUAAGCAAAGUUUGAUGUUUUUUAAGGGGGGUCUACUCAAAAUAUAGGUCACCAGGUCAAAUCUUACAAAAACAAAAUCACUCCAUAUGCCAGAGUUUUGGUUCAAUAAUGAUGAAACUUGACAAGGAUGUUUGUCUGGACAAUAUCUGGGUCAAGUUUGACAUUUGGUAAAGAUUGAAUGAACCUACUCCUCUCAGGUGAGCCAACUAGGGACAUCUUGGCUCUCUUGUUAUGUUUGUAUGAGAGGUAAAUAUUUUACUGCAUGGUAGCACACUACUUCAGGAUUAGGACUAGUUGUCAUGUUGUUUUCUGAUGGCAGACAUUUUAUAGCAAGAAUGCGCUUCUAAGCUUUUCUAUUAUUAUCUACCGUGAAAAAAUGUUUCAUUGCUUUUUUAACAAUUAUUAAAUCCAUAUAAACUUAUCAAAACAGAUUAUGUGCAAUAAGAAACUUUCAAUCAUUUAAUGUUUGUUCUGUCUUUCCCACAUGUUGCACGUACAUUGUAUGUCGUUAAAAGCUUCAGAUACAUGCAUGUAAAAAGGUUGUGGUAACAACAAUUACAUUGAUACACCAAUUUUUUAAAGGUUUCUUUAAGGAAAGACAGGCUUUAGUUGUGUAUAACUUAACAGAUUCUCUUUCUGAAAAAAAAGGUAAUCAUAAUAGGAUUCAACUUUAUGCCUUUGCUACCUGUAUAAUAUUUAUGUUAUACUAUAUUAUUUUCUUCAUUUAAUGUUUCAUGUUAACAGCAUAAAUUCCAUCCAUUGUAUGUUUGUUGCUGAAUACUGUUAAAUAUAGGCUCAAAUGUGUUAUCAAAAUGUUUUGUAUUUUUUCUUCAUUUAAUGUUUCAUGUUAACAGCAUAAAUUCCAUCCAUUGUAUGUUUGUUGCUGAAUACUGUUAAAUAUAGGCUCAAAUGUGUUAUCAAAAUGCUUUGUAUUUUUUACACAUAGUUUCAAAGAUAUGAAAUUGCCGUGUAACAUAUAAGGUUUGCUUGAUAAAUUUCAAUCCGAA